AUGUAUGAAACAAAUGACUCUGAAGUGUCUGAAUUUAUAUUCGUGGGACUUUCUAACUCUAGACCAAUGCAGCAUUUUCUUCUUGCCUUUGCUACAGUGUUUUAUGUAACAAUAGUUUUGGGAAACCUUUUUGUUGUGCUUACAGUGAUUUUUGAUUCUCAUUUACAUUCUCCCAUGUAUUUCCUUCUAGCCAAUCUCUCUUUCAUUGAUAUGUCUCUUUCUACUGUAGCAGUUCCUAAGAUGAUUUCUAACAUGUCCUCUGGGCAUAAAACUAUUUCCUUCAAUGGGUGUGUUAUCCAGAUAUUUUUUCUUCACAGUUUUGGUGGAGUUGAGAUGGUGUUGCUCAUCUCCAUGGCCUUAGACAGAUAUGUAGCCAUUUGUAAGCCCCUCCAUUACUUGACAAUCAUGAACCCACGAAUGUGUGCUUUGCUUGCCGCUGGUGCUUGGAUGAUAGGUCUCAUUCACUCUGUGGCCCAGUUAGCAUUUGUUGUUCAUUUGCCUUUUUGUGGUCCCAAUAAAAUAGAUAGCUUUUACUGUGAUCUUCCUUGGUUUAUCAAACUUGCCUGUGCAGACACCUAUGGAUUAGAAUUGAUGGUUACUGCCAACAGUGGGUUCAUUACUAUGGGGACCUUCAUUUUGUUGAUUGCCUCCUAUAUAUACAUCUUGGUCACAGUAAGGAAACGCUCUUCAGGUGAUUUGUCUAAGGCCUUUUCUACUCUUUCAGCUCAUAUCACCGUGGUGCUUUUAUUCUUUGGGCCAUGUAUUUUUAUUUACAUGUGGCCAUUUCCCACAGUCCCUGUGGAUAAAUUUCUUGCCAUUUUGGACUUUCUUAUUACGCCCAUUCUGAAUCCAGCCAUUUACACUUUGAGGAAUAAAGAUAUGAAAAUGGCAAUGAGGAGACUGAGUAGUCAAAUCCUGAACUCAAAAAUGACUCCUUAA